GCAGCAGGAUGUGCGACUGAGGGCGCGAGACUGAUAAACAGAGACAGACAGGCGCGAGCUUUCAGGAUUAUUCUACGCACGUGACAUUUCAAAAGCGCCGUGAGGAUGUCGGUCAACUCCCCGAGCAGCAGCGAUGCGUGUCUGAGCAUCGUUCACAGCCUCAUGUGCCACCGGCAGGGCGGAGAGAACGAGGGCUUCGCCAAGCGCGCCAUCGAGAGCCUCGUCAAGAAACUUAAGGAGAAGAAAGAUGAGCUGGACUCGCUCAUAACCGCCAUCACCACCAACGGCGUCCAUCCCAGCAAGUGUGUCACCAUCCAGAGGACGCUGGACGGCCGGCUGCAGGUAGCCGGGCGGAAAGGCUUCCCUCACGUCAUAUACGCUCGACUGUGGCGCUGGCCGGACCUGCACAAGAACGAGCUGAAACAUGUCAAGUUCUGCCAGUACGCCUUCGAUCUCAAGUACGACAACGUGUGUGUCAACCCCUACCACUACGAACGCGUGGUGUCUCCGGGCAUCGUUGGACUGAGUUUACAGACCGCAGGCAGGCCAAUAAAGGAGGAGUACAUCCAUGACUGUAUCCAGCUGGAGGGUCCGUCCAGAAUGGCCCCCCAACCGGACCAUCAUGGCACGGAGCACUACAGCCAACAGCUGCCACCACUCCAGCUGCCACCGGAGCCCCAUCAACACCCUCCUCCCUCAGUGACACUCUACCCCAGCCUGCCCCUCUCACCGCCUGCGAGCAGCUCCAGAAUGUCCCUGCAGGGCAGCCGCACGGACGGUUUACUCCAGAUCGCCUCUCCUCCGAGCAGAGUUUUGGCCUCCACUUCUCCCCCCACCACACCCACAAACACCCCAACACACACAACCCCACACGCGCAGAGCCUGAACCAGCAACCCGCCGCCAGUCCGAGCGAAUACGGCGCGUCCAAACAGACGCAGGCACAGACCUCCUACCACACAACAACCUGGACUGGAUCGAGCACUGCGUCCUACACGCCCAUGGGAUCCCAGCAAAACGGGCGGAGUCAUCAGCAAGCGCCGCCCCACCACAGCGGUCAUUUCUGGUCUCAACAUCACACCCCCACCUCGUACCCACAGCCGGUCUCCAACCAUCCAGGUCCAGAGUUCUGGUGCUCGAUCUCGUACUUCGAGAUGGACAUUCAGGUGGGGGAGAUGUUCAAAGUGCUGGCUAACUGCCCCCUGGUGACUGUGGAUGGGUACGUGGAUCCGUCCGGUGGAGAUCGCUUCUGUCUGGGUCAGCUGAGCAACGUGCAUCGCACAGACGCCAGCGAGAGAGCGCGGCUCCACAUCGGUAAAGGCGUGCAGCUGGAGUGUCGGGGCGAGGGGGACGUGUGGAUGCGGUGUCUCAGCGACCACGCCGUGUUCGUACAGAGCUACUACCUCGACCGGGAGGCCGGUAGAGCACCGGGAGACGCGGUGCACAAGAUCUACCCGGGUGCUUAUGUAAAGGUAUUUGACCUGCGUCAGUGCCACAGGCAGAUGCAGCAGCAGGCGGCGACUGCACAGGCGGCCGCAGCUGCGCAGGCCGCAGCGGUGGCGGGAAAUAUUCCGGGACCGGGUAGUGUAGGGGGAAUCGCCCCUGCUAUCAGUUUCUCUGCCGCGGCGGGCAUAGGGGUCGAUGAUCUGCGCCGGCUUUGCAUACUGCGCCUCAGCUUCGUGAAGGGUUGGGGUCCGGAUUACCCCCGCCAGAGCAUCAAACAGACCCCGUGCUGGGUGGAGGUGCAUCUCCAUCGGGCGCUGCAGCUGCUGGACGAGGUGCUGCACACCAUGCCCCUGGCUGAGCCCGGCCCCGCCAACUGACCCGGACUUCCCAGAAGACAGAGAGGAGGUAGAGAUGCUGGGAGAGAGACGAUGAUACGCUUCGCAGCUUCUCUCACGUACACUGUGUGCCCACAUGAACAGACGGUGACUCAUGGAAGCAGGCAGACACAUACCAUGGCGAGCACACCGUGGACCUCAGGACUGACCGGUGUUUAGUCCACUGGUUAGUGAGUAGGCGGCCAUGGAGUUGACCCGCUUCUCUCUAACUAAAUAAAAGGAGAAGACUGAAAUCCCUGGGGCGUGACCCAGGCCGUGAUUCAGAACGCUGACUCACGCUGUAACUGAAAUACGAACACGCAUCUUUAAUACAGGGAUCGAUGCGGCGUAGACAAUCAUUAUGGAGAUGUUUCUUUUAUUUUAACUUUUGUACCUAUAACACUGUCGUGUAGUUGUCUUAUAUGUUUUUGUAAACCUGAAACCAAAGCACCAAAACAGGUCAUCAAACAGGUACCCAAAAUACACAAUAUGACCGAAAGCAAGUGGUCCAGUGGCCUGCACAGUUUACUGACCUCAACCCCACUAAACACCUCGGGGAUGAAUUGGAAUGCCGAUUGCAAGCUAGGCCUUCCUCUUCCUCAUCACUGCCUGACCAUACAAAUGCUCCUUUGAACGAUUCGGGCACAAAUUUAGUCAGAUAGCUGUUCACAUACUUUUGAUCGUAUAGUGUAUUUAAUAGUUUUAUAUACCUAAGGUUGGUCUAUAGCUUUUUUAUGUGGUGUUUAACAUAAACCCAUUUGAUUCGGCGAUUCGAUGAGGACGUUGAGUGAAUGUUGUGUGGACAGUGAGUGUGUGAAUGUUGUGUGAAUGAUGUGUGGAUGUUGUAUGUACAGUGAUGGUGUGGACAGUGAUGGUGUGGACAGUGAUGGUGUGGACAGUGUGCAUGUGAACGUUGUGUGGACAGUGAUGGUGUGGACAGUGAUGGUGUGGACAGUGAUGGUGUGUACAGCGAUGGUGUGGACAGUGAUGGUGUGGACAGUGAUGGUGUGGAUAGUGAUGGUGUGGACAGUGAUGGUGUGGACAGUGAUGGUGUGGACAGUGUGCAUGUGAACGUUGUGUGGACAGUGAUGGUGUGGACAGUGAUGGUGUGGACAGUGUGUGUGUGAAUGUUGUGUGGACAGUGAUGGUGUGGACAGUGAUGGUGUGGACAGUGUGCAUGUGAACGUUGUGUGGACAGUGAUGGUGUGGACAGUGAUGGUGUGGACAGUGAUGGUGUGUACAGCGAUGGUGUGGACAGUGAUGGUGUGGACAGUGAUGGUGUGGAUAGUGAUGGUGUGGACAGUGAUGGUGUGGACAGUGAUGGUGUGGACAGUGUGCAUGUGAACGUUGUGUGGACAGUGAUGGUGUGGACAGUGAUGGUGUGGACAGUGUGUGUGUGAAUGUUGUGUGGACAGUGAUGGUGUGGACAGUGAUGGUAUGGACAGCGAUGGUGUGGACAGUGAUGGUAUGGACAGCGAUGGUGUGGACAGUGUGUGGACAGUGAUGGUGUGGACAGUGUGUGUGUGAAUGUUGUGUGGACAGUGAUGGUGUGGACAGUGAUGGUAUGGACAGUGUGUGUGUGAAUGUUGUGUGGACAGUGAUGGUGUGGACAGUGUGUGGACAGUGAUGGUAUGGACAGUGUGUGUGUGAAUGUUGUGUGGACAGUGAUGGUGUGGACAGUGAUGGUAUGGACAGUGUGUGUGUGAAUGUUGUGUGGACAGUGAUGGUAUGGACAGUGAUGGUAUGGACAGUGUGUGUGUGAAUGUUGUGUGGACAGUGAUGGUAUGGACAGUGAUGGUAUGGACAGUGUGUGUGUGAAUGUUGUGUGGACAGUGAUGGUGUGGACAGUGAUGGUGUGGACAGUGAUGGUGUGGACAGUGUGUGUGUGAAUGUUGUGUGGACAGUGAUGGUGUGGACAGUGAUGGUAUGGACAGUGUGUGUGUGAAUGUUGUGUGGACAGUGAUGGUGUGGACAGUGAUGGUAUGGACAGUGAUGGUGUGGACAGUGAUGGUAUGGACAGCGAUGGUGUGGACAGUGUGUGGACAGUGAUGGUGUGGACAGUGUGUGUGUGAAUGUUGUGUGGACAGUGAUGGUGUGGACAGUGAUGGUGUGGACAGUGAUGGUGUGGACAGUGAUGGUAUGGACAGUGUGUGGACAGUGAUGGUAUGGACAGCGAUGGUGUGGACAGUGUGUGGACAGUGAUGGUGUGGACAGCGAUGGUGUGGACAGUGAUGGUGUGGACAGUGAUGGUGUGGACAGUGAUGGUAUGGACAGUGAUGGUGUGGACAGUGAUGGUAUGGACAGUGAUGGUGUGGACAGUGUGUAAAUGAGAUCCUGGGUUCUAUUCUAUUAUUAUGAAGACAAUCUGUUUUACAAAAGCUUUAAAAUGUUUCUUUACUUUUCAGCCGUAAGAAUCUGUUCUGCUUUAUUACAGUAAAUGUUCACACGACGUUGUUUACACUGAUCUAUGCAACUGGAUUUAAAGUUUGAUUUAUUAAGAAUAACAGAAGUAUAACUGUUUGUUUUUUAUAUCCGGCUUUGAUGAUCAGGCCUCGUUUUAUUUCAUUCAUUAAAAAUGCAUUUUUGUUC